AUGAAGAUUGACAAAGAAGACGAUCAGCAGCAACAGAUGCGCCGUGUCGCGUUCUUUGCGGUGGCUGUCUCCACUGCAGCUGUCAUCUCCAGCAUUGUGACACUUCCAAUGAUCUACUCGUAUGUCCAAUCCUUCCAAUCUCAUCUUAUCAUGGAGACCGAGUUCUGCAAGUCUCGUGCCCGUGAUAUGUGGGUUGAGAUGCAAGUUCUUCACAAGUCAGGAGUCACCCGUAGCCGCAGAAAUGCUGGAUACAAGGAGGGCGGUGGCGGUGGAGGAGGAUCUGGUUCCGGUGGAUAUGGAGGACCAGCUGGAGCUGGUGCCGAUAUCGGACCAACUUGCUGCCCAUGUCAACAAGGACCAGCUGGACCACCAGGACCACCUGGAGAUGUUGGACCGAACGGAAACGAUGGACACCACGGAGCUCCAGGAGUUCCAGGAAAGGAAGGAUCCAUCCUCAGCUCUGCUCUUCCACCAUCCGAGCCAUGCAUCAUCUGCCCACCAGGACCACAAGGAGCCGUUGGACAACAAGGACCAAAGGGACCACCAGGACCAAAGGGAAAAUCGCAAGAAAGAGCCGGAGACGGAAAGAAUGGAGAGCCAGGAAUGAUCGGACCCCCAGGACCACCAGGAGGUGUUGGAGAGCCAGGACCACCAGGACCAGCUGGACAACCAGGAAGAGUCAUCCAAGUCAACGGACCAGCUGGACCAGCAGGACCACGUGGACCAAAGGGACCACCAGGACCAAAGGGACUUCCAGGAAUCGCUGGACUCACCGAAGCCGGAGGACAAGGACCACCAGGAGACAACGGAGGACCAGGACCAGUUGGAGGACAAGGACCACCAGGACCACAAGGACCACAAGGACCACCAGGAGACGAGGGAUCUUGCGAUCACUGCCCAGAACCACGUACUCCACCAGGUUAUUAG